GGGAGCGCGCUCUGUGUGGCCGCUGCCGCCAUGUUGUUGUGGUUGUGAGAAGGCGGCGGCGGCGGCGGAGUAGCAGCCGGACGAGACGUCCCAGCGGCUCAGGCGCUGCCCCGCGCCGGCCCUGGCAGGGAGCCUGGUGGGGUGGCGGAAGAGGAGACUGUGCCGUGGCGGGCCUCGCCAUGUCCUGCUGCCCGAUGGCGUCUCACUCUGUCACCCAGGCUGGAAUGCAGUGGUAUGAUCUCAGCUCACUGCAACCUCAGCCUCCUGGGUUCUAGCAAUUCUGCUGCCUCAGCCUCCUGGGUUCUAGCAAUUCUGCUGCCUCAGCCUCCUGAGUAGCUGGGAUUACAGGAGGGAAGGAGUUGAUGGAGGGCUAAAAAUUCUGGAGAAGACAAAGUUUUAAGGAAUCUCAGAACACCAAAACCUCAUCUUGGCUCUGCCUUCACAUUACUGUUUCUUUGGACUUCCUUGUGAAACCUCCUAGUAGAAAAAGUUCUUGGGACAAACUUCAUUUGACCUCACCAUAAGGAAAAGAAGAGAGCCUUGUUGGACACUGAAGAAGGGACGGGGAUUUCUCCUCCUAAUCUGGGCCUCCUGUCAUGGAUGAAGAGACUCGGCACAGCCUUGAGUGCAUCCAGGCCAAUCAGAUCUUUCCCAGGAAACAGCUGAUCCGAGAGGAUGAGAAUCUUCAGGUUCCUUUCCUUGAACUUCAUGGAGAGAGCACAGAGUUUGUGGGCCGUGCCGAGGAUGCCAUCAUUGCCCUUUCCAAUUACAGACUUCACAUCAAGUUCAAGGAGUCUCUUGUUAAUGUUCCAUUACAGCUUAUAGAAAGUGUUGAAUGCCGAGAUAUAUUUCAGCUUCAUUUGACUUGCAAAGACUGCAAAGUUAUCAGGUGUCAGUUUUCAACCUUUGAGCAGUGUCAAGAGUGGCUGAAGAGACUGAACAACGCAGUCCGACCACCUGCUAAAAUAGAAGAUCUCUUCUCAUUUGCAUACCAUGCUUGGUGCAUGGAGGUCUAUGCCAGUGAAAAAGAGCAACAUGGAGACCUGUGCAGACCAGGGGAGCAUGUAACUUCAAGGUUUAAAAACGAGGUGGAGAGGAUGGGUUUUGAUAUGAACAACGCCUGGAGGAUUUCCAACAUCAAUGAGAAGUACAAAUUAUGUGGUAGCUAUCCUCAAGAGCUCAUAGUGCCUGCCUGGAUCACUGACAAAGAACUAGAAAGUGUAGCAAGUUUCAGGUCCUGGAAGCGCAUCCCUGCCGUCGUCUACAGGCACCAGAGCAAUGGAGCUGUCAUUGCCCGCUGUGGACAGCCAGAAGUUAGCUGGUGGGGCUGGCGAAAUGCAGAUGAUGAGCAUCUGGUACAGUCAGUAGCCAAAGCUUGUGCCUCUGACUCCCGAUCGAGUGGCAGCAAGCUGUCAACUAGGAACACUUCUCGAGACUUUCCCAAUGGGGGAGACCUUUCUGACGUGGAGUUCGAUUCUUCUCUGUCAAAUGCUUCAGGAGCAGAGAGUUUAGCCAUCCAACCGCAGAAGCUUUUGAUCUUGGAUGCACGCUCCUAUGCAGCUGCUGUGGCAAACCGAGCCAAAGGAGGAGGCUGCGAAUGCCCAGAGUAUUACCCAAACUGUGAAGUUGUGUUUAUGGGGAUGGCAAACAUUCAUUCUAUUCGGAGGAGUUUUCAGUCUCUGCGGUUGCUGUGCACUCAGAUGCCAGAUCCGGGAAAUUGGCUAUCAGCUCUUGAAAGCACAAAAUGGCUCCAUCACUUGUCUGUGCUUCUGAAAUCAGCGCUUCUGGUAGUGCAUGCUGUGGAUCAGGAUCAGCGGCCGGUGCUAGUGCACUGCUCAGAUGGCUGGGACCGCACCCCCCAGAUUGUGGCAUUGGCUAAGCUCUUGCUGGACCCUUAUUACCGAACCAUAGAGGGUUUCCAGGUCCUCGUGGAAAUGGAGUGGCUGGAUUUUGGCCAUAAAUUUGCUGACCGGUGUGGUCAUGGGGAGAACUCAGAUGAUUUGAAUGAACGUUGCCCAGUGUUUCUGCAGUGGCUUGACUGUGUUCAUCAGCUUCAGAGGCAAUUUCCUUGCUCUUUUGAGUUCAAUGAAGCAUUCCUUGUGAAACUGGUGCAGCAUACCUAUUCCUGCCUCUUUGGAACAUUCCUGUGCAACAACGCCAAGGAGAGAGGGGAAAAGCAUACUCAGGAACGGACAUGUUCCGUGUGGUCACUUCUUCGGGCAGGCAACAAGGCUUUCAAAAACCUACUGUAUUCCUCUCAGUCAGAAGCCGUGCUGUACCCUGUGUGCCAUGUGCGUAACCUGAUGCUGUGGAGUGCAGUGUACCUGCCCUGCCCAUCCCCAGCCACCCCUGUGGACGACAGCUGUGCACCAUACCCAGCCCCAGGCACCAGCCCUGAUGAUCCCCCCCUGAGCCGGCUACCAAAGACUAGAUCAUACGACAAUCUGACCACAGCCUGUGACAACACAGUGCCUCUGGCCAGCCGGCGCUGCAGCGACCCCAGCCUGAACGAGAAGUGGCAGGAGCACCGGCGCUCACUAGAGCUGAGCAGCCUGGCUGGCCCUGGAGAGGAUCCCCUUUCUGCCGACAGCCUAGGGAAGCCCACCAGAGUGCCGGGGGGUGCCGAGCUUUCUGUUGCAGCUGGAGUAGCUGAGGGGCAGAUGGAGAACAUCUUGCAGGAGGCCACCAAAGAGGAGAGUGGAGUAGAGGAACCUGCCCACAGGGCAGGCAUUGAGAUACAGGAGGGUAAAGAGGACCCUCUCUUAGAAAAGGAGAGGAGGAGGAAGACACCUGAGGCCUCAGCCAUUGGACUUCACCAAGACCCAGAACUGUGUGAUGCUGCUCUGAGGAGCCAUCUGGAUAUGAGCUGGCCUCUGUUCUCACAGGGUAUUUCUGAACAGCAGGGUGGGCUCAGUGUUCUCCUCAGUUCUCUCCAGGUCUCCCCCAGGGGAGAGGAUUCCCUGGAGGUCCCUGUGGAGCAGUUUCGAAUAGAAGAGAUUGCAGAGGGUAAAGAAGAAGCAGUUCUUCCAAUCCCAGUAGAUGCAAAAGUUGGCUAUGGUACCUCACAGUCAUGUUCUCUGCUACCUUCCCAAGUCCCUUUUGAGACCAGAGGACCAAACAUGGACAGUUCUGCAGACAUGUUAGCGGAAGAUAAGGUGAAGUCAGGAAGUGGGCCCCAAGGUCAUCAUAGACCUUGCCUUGUAAAUAGUGGCAAGGACAGGCUUCCCCAGACCAUGGAACCCAGCCCUUCAGAGACAAGCCUGGUCGAGAGGCCCCAAGUGGGGUCUGUGGUACAUAGGACUUCCCCUGGCAGCACUCUCAGCCUGACACGUUCCCCUUGUGCCUUGCCUUUAGCCGAAUAUAAAGAGGGGCUUGUGUGCAAUGGUGCCCUAGAGACUGAAAACAGGGCCUCAGAGCAGCCCCCAGGUCUUAGCACCCUCCAGAUGUACCCCACACCCAAUGGGCAUUGCGCCAAUGGGGAGGCUGGUAGGAGCAAGGACUCACUGAGCCGUCAGCUGUCUGCUAUGAGCUGCAGCUCUGCCCACUUACACUCAAGGAACUUGCACCACAAGUGGCUGCAUAGCCACUCAGGGAGGCCAUCUGCAACCAGCAGCCCCGACCAGCCUUCCCGCAGCCACCUGGACGAUGAUGGCAUGUCAGUGUACACAGACAUGAUCCAACAGCGCCUGCGUCAGAUUGAGUCAGGCCACCAGCAGGAAGUAGAAACUUUGAAGAAACAAGUCCAGGAGCUGAAGAGUCGCCUGGAGAGCCAGUACCUGACCAGCUCCUUACACUUUAAUGGAGACUUUGGGGAUGAGGUGACUUCAAUCCCCGACUCGGAAAGCAAUCUGGAUCAGAACUGUUUGUCUCGCUGCAGCACAGAGAUUUUCUCUGAAGCCAGCUGGGAGCAGGUGGAUAAACAGGAUACAGAGAUGACCCGUUGGCUUCCUGACCACCUGGCUGCCCACUGCUAUGCGUGCGACAGUGCCUUCUGGCUUGCCAGCAGGAAGCACCACUGCAGGGACACUGACCGUGUUGAUCAAACGUGGAAUUGUGGGAACGUAUUCUGCUCCAGUUGUUGUAACCAGAAGGUUCCAGUUCCUAGCCAGCAGCUCUUUGAACCCAGUCGAGUAUGCAAGUCUUGCUAUAGCAGCCUACAUCCCACGAGCUCCAGCAUUGACCUUGAACUGGAUAAGCCCAUUGCUGCCACUUCCAACUGAAGCUCAGUGAUCUGGGUGGGCAGUGGCCAAGCUGCUGUUCCUAUGACAGGCCCACUCAGCCUGGGCAGACCGAGAGGCCCGUGCACUUUGGAAUGGGAGCAUGGAACCACCUGUACAGAGUGACAGAAAUUUGGGAUGCACCACUGGAUUGUAGAUGGAUUUUUCUUUCCUGUUCCCCUACUCCCUGCCUACCUUUUCCAUCCUCCUCCUCUGCCUUCAAAAAAGGAAACUCUCCCUUGGUUGUCUUAAUUUUUUUUUUUUUUUUUGAUGGAAGACCAGGGGUUGCCAGGCCCGCUGUAACUGCUGAGCUGCCUGCUGUCAGGUGACACCAAGGGAUGGCUUGUUUCUUCCGGGUGGGAGGAUGGUGGUCAGAGUCAGGAGUAUGGAGAUCUGAGACCGUGAGCAGGGAAGAAAGCCAGUGCUAACAUGCAACCGUUCCUCAUACCACCGCCACAUCAGAGCUGGUUGGGAACCCUUUGCUGCUGGGGAGGCUGGAAGCAUAUUCCCCAAGAGCACUGCCCUGGGCAUCAUCUCCCUCCUGCAAGGAGCUGAGCCAGUCCCCUCACAGGUGGAUAAAUUAGGCUGAUGUUUGGAGGGAGAGGCACACGGUAAAUGGCAUCCCCUUAGGCCCCUCUUUGGGAAAGGAAAGUGGAUGUUCCUUUGAGGCAGGUGAGGGGUUGGGAAUGGGUAGCCGUCAUGUUGUGCCCCGUGGGAUUCCAUUUUUAACUUGACCCAGAUUGUCUUGGGCUCCCUUUGCUUUCAGGGGGCUGCUUUCCUGGGCCAGGCUGUGUAGCACUUCCCACCCUCAGGCAUGAGUACAGACUGGCCAAAAUGGUUAUGCACUCAAGGCCAAAGCCUUCCCUGAGCCCAGACGUACCUGGGUCCCCAUUCUUGGGCCUGGUCCCCUAAACAAUCUCUUCCUCAGCCAGCACAGGGAAAUCCAGACUCAGGGUUCCAGAAAUCCCCCUUCCCCAAACCAAACCAAUCAUGGAUCUUCCCUUUAAGGGGUAGAAUCAGCCUUUAGAGUUACAAGCCCCUGGAAAAGGGAGCAGGUCCCAUACAAUCAGCCUUUCUCCUCCUCCUCUUCUUGGGACAGGAAGAAGAGCUGAGCAGUCCCCCUUCCCCGCUCCUGGCUGGCAGAGUGGGCACUUGUCUGGCUGCUGGCCAGCAGUGAAGGGCCACUUGGUGACUUUGUAGGGUUCCUUAGAGAAGUGACAUGGCCUUGAGGAGAUUCAGGGCACCUUUCCUCAGUGAGCUUUGAUAUGGUCCAAAAACAGCCUUAAAUCAAGAGUAUCUGUGGAGGUAGGUGUGGGGAAGGUUGGAGAAGAGUUAGGUUUGUGCUUUGUAAUCUUGGCAUCCAUGUUUUGUGCCUGCCCUCCCUCUUGGGGAGGCCAUGCUUGGCUCUGCUGAAAGCUGCUAACUGGUGACAGGGUGGAUCAUGGUGAGGACUAGGGGUAAGGUCAGGGAACGCUUAAGCUCUGGCCCUGCCCUGUAUUCCUCUUCCCCUUGGUAGUAGUUCCCUGACCAAGGGCAAGCUGUGUCUCAGGAAGGUGGCUUCUGUGCAUGCCUGGGUGUGGUUAAGGCGUGGCCCAGAAGGCUUCCCUGGUGCUCUCAGUCCAGGCAAAGCCCAGAGCAUCUGAGCACGUCUCUGACUUCCAGUGGCAACACGUGGAGUUUGAAUGUGGUGAAACAGGGUGUAGUUCUUUUCCACAUUCUGUGUCAUCUAGUUGUGCAGGUAGGGGAAAAGUUGUUCUAAUUGAAGAUGUGCAUUUCCUAGUGACAGGUGCCAAGAGGUUAUGAUACGGGUUUCUUGGGUCUGAUGUAUAGUGUGAAUAAAUGCUUGCAGCUCUUAGCUCUUUUUUGAUCGAUGAAGCACUUUUUUAUUAAUAUUUUCCUUUGUUAAAGGAGGAACCGUAACUCUCCAUAGCUGUACAUAUAACCCUUUUCUCCUAAAGAGGAGUCAGUCAGUGCUCCUGUAUUUUUCAUUUUUUGUCAAAGCAAGAAGUAAAUACUUUAGAAUUGUUAAAUAUAUAAAUAAAGCAAAUAAAGUUGAGUGUCCACAUGGUA